AAUUGGAGUUCCACGUCGAGUUAGCUACCGCGAGUUUCUGAAAGUAAAAGGCACUGAUAUCACUGGUUAUUGCAUUGAGGUCUUCCCAGCUGCCUUUAGCGACUUACAAUAUGGAGUGGCAUAUAAAUUUGUCCCUUUCGGGAAAAAAAAAAACUAAGACCCCAAUGAAGUUCUGCGCAGUAUGCAAAAUGGUGAGCUUGACGGUGUGGUAGGAGACAUUACCAUUACCACUAGCAGAACAAAGAUGGUGGAUUUUAAACAGCCAUAUAUUGAGUCUGGACUUAUUGUAGUUGCUCCAAAAAGGAAAUUGAACUCUAGUGCUUGGGCUUUUCUGAGACCUUUUACCCCAGUGAUGUGGACUGUCACAGGUCUUUUCUUCCUAGCUGUGGGAGCAGUUGUUUGGAUUUUGGAGCGUAGAACAAACGAGGAUUUCCGGGGCCUUCCAAGAGAACAAUGUGUCACAAUUCUAUGUCUUAUAAUCAACUCAAGCUACCUUGAAAGCCUGACAUCAAUCCUCACAGUGGAGCAGCUUUCUUCCCCUAUUAAAGGGAUUGAAAGUCUAGUAACAGGCAAUGAUCCCAUUGGUUUCUCAAAUGGUUCCUUUGCUCAAAAGUACUUAACCGAUGAGCUAAACAUACACAGUUCCAGACUUGUGCCCCUUAACUCACCAGAAGAAUUUGAGAAAGCCUUGCAAGAUGGUCCCAAUGCAGGUGGUGUUGCAGCU